AUGGCAAUGUUAGAAUCAUAUUUAAAGAAACAAGUCCUUGUUUUAACAGCAGAUGGUAGAAGUAUAAUUGGUACAUUGAGAGGAAUUGAUCAAACCAUUAAUGUAGUUUUAGAAAAGUGUCAUGAAAGAGUUUACUCUGAUGAAGGAAUUGAAGUUAUUCCAUUGGGUGUACAUUUAAUAAAAGGUGAUGAUGUGGCUGUAAUAGGGGAAGUAGAUGAUGAAUUAGAUAAAAAAUUAAACCUAAAAGAGAUAAUAGCAGAGCCGAUGAAGCCUAUUGUCCACUAA